UAUUGAUUAAUUUUGUCUGCGCUGGCUCUUAGUUGCAGCACAUGGAAUCUUUUUUUUUUUUAGUUGCAGCAUGUGGGAUCUAGUUCCCUGACCAGGGAUCAAACCCGGGCCCCUUGCACUGGGAGCGCAGAGUGUUACCCACUGGACCGCUGGGAAGUCCCUACACGCCUCAUUUUGAAUUGUGGAAAUACAGUAUUUCAAUUGAUGACAAAAUGGAAGGUGCCCAGUCACCCAUUUCCAGGAAUAGCAUGGCCCCUCGUCGUCCUCUCCAGUGCCUGUCAGGACGGCAGAGGGCGAGGUCGCUGCUGGACUUGGGAAGACUCGCUGGUGCGUGCGAGUGGUGUCCGCCCGAGCGCGGGCUCCCCAGGCCCUGGCCCGCCUGGCGCGAGCCGCGUUGUGAGGCGUGCGGGUGUGCUUCCUGGUGGACGUCCGUCCCCCCCGCCAAGAGGAGCCGUUAUCUUGAGAUGUAACAGCCUCCUCAGCACUGCUCUAGGACACGCCUCUGUUGGAUUUAACGUACAGUCCGCAGCUGUGGCCUUCCGCGAUGGACUCGUGCUGAAUAUUAGUCCAUCGUCUGGAUGUCCCACAGUGUAUUUAUCCAUUCACCUACUGAAGGGCAUCUUGGAUCACUUUUAAUUGUCUCUCUGGUCUUCUCUGAUGGGAAGUAGACAGUAAACAAAGCCCGCUGCUGAACUCUGAACUCAGCUCUGACCUCUCUGUGAAUUGCCUGGAAGAGGGGGUGUUAACUGCCGGAUGCUUGGGCCGUGUGGUCCCCCAUUUCCGAGAGCCCUGGACUGUGCAGGAUGUUGCUCCAGAGCGAUGCAGCCUUCCGUUCAGGGAGCACCUGAAACGCCUCGCGUGGAAACCGUCCCCACAGCGGUGACACACUGCGGAGCUGGUGAUGGGCGACAGGGAGAAGGAUGGCCUCGGGCUGUGGUCUCCUGGGGUCUGAGGGUACGCACCCCAGUCCAGAGGCGGUGCAAGGCCCUCGCUGGGCUCCUUGGGAAGUCUGUAUGCCUCUCCAGCCGGUGUGCCUUUGCCCAUACCACUUAAUUUUCCUUUCAGACAUGAGACCAGUAGUUCUUAACCUGGGCUUAGAACACAUAGAGUGUCAUGGGGUUUGUAGCUAUUUCAGAAUGCUGCCGAAUUCUCCAGAUGCAGCCCACACGCGGCGUUUUCGAGAGUGAGCUCUGCCCCGGACUCAGCAGUAGGAUUGGCGCUCGGGGCCCUGAGCCACGUUCUGAAGCAGAGCCUCGCCCGGCGGUUCUGAUAGCGGGCUUGGGGGCUGCUUGGACCUGGAUCCGGCCCGUUCACCCCUGUGCUGCAGCCUCACCGCUAGGCCUUCAUUUCCCCGGUUGUAAAUGACAUGAUUCUGGAUCCUUUUCACCUUGACAUUCAGAAGAUAGUACUGGGUCAGGGUCUACGAAAGGAUGCUGUAAAAUCUGAAAUGGUGCAUCUUAUUCUUGCCGAGCAAAAAGGACAAAGUCCCAGUUAUCGCACGGGCCCCUCGUGUCGGUGUGCACGUCCUGUAGCCAGUGGGCGCGCUCUGCUGGCCUCCGCACAGGUCAGGUGGAGGUGAACGAGCAGACGGGCCCACCAGGCGGGCCAGGCCCGCCUCCCUUCUCCAGUCACCUCUAUGCCCCUGACAGGGAACCAUGGGGCCUGGGGCGUCCACUGCCACCAGGGAGACAGGAAGCUGACGCUUCUUUGAGAGAAACGCUCAGAUUUUGUAUAUGUUCAUCUUUUCUCUCUUCUUAUCUAGUUGAUGGUGAUCUGGUGGGAUCCAGGGAGUGGGGCACACGGAUUAAAGGGUCUUGUUGAGGGUGAGGGCUGGGGGGGUGUGUUGGAGUGGGGGCCUGGAGUAGCUGUCUUUGCUGCACACCCAUGUUCCUGGGCUCUUUCAUCACGGGAACUCCUUAUGUUGUAAACACAGAGGGGCCCAGAGAACUUCUGUCUGUAUAGGGACAUCUGUCAAUAAAAUGCCCAUUUACUAAUUUCAUUUAAAAGUAGGAGUCAUAAACCCAUUGCAUACUAUUCUAAUUAACACAUCCUUGCUAAAAAAUCACUGUAUAUUCCAACAUGAAAAACUGUCAUAUGUUGCUUUUCUUAAAAUAUACCCAAAAAAAUGUCGUUGGAACAGGGAAGAGUAUUGGAAUAGCUCCCCCUCCUCCUGAACCGUGCGGCUCGCGGGGUCUUAGUUCCCUGAGCAAGGCUCGAACCCAGGCCCUGACAGUGAACACGCUGAGUCCUAACCGCUGGACCGCCAGGGAAUUCUCUUGAAUAGCUUUUUGAUAUCAUCCUGGAGAUUUUAUUUGAUAUGACACUGAAACCCAACAGAUGGGUCACGUGGGGAUGGUCAGUGGCUGCAUGGGGCCUCCGCUGGGUCACAGGUAAUUCUUCUCAGCUGUGACCGACCCACGGGUCUUGCUUGCACGGUGACCGGACCUUUCACCUGUGUUGAAUUUUGCAGCCUUGAGUGUUGGCAGUUGAUCAGCUGUGGUUCGCUCAGUUAUUUCCAUCUUGCAGAUGCCUUUUGUUUUGCUGCUUUUGUUUCUGUUGCCUCUAAGCCACCAGAAGCUGUCUGCUCAUGGAAUUUUCCAAAAUUCUAAUAUUUGACCACAUGCUUGAAUUUUAGCGUUGGCAAUAAAAUAGAUCUGGUAUUGGGACUUCCCUGGCGGUUCAGCGGUUAGAACUCUGAGCUUCCAGUGCUGAGGGCUGGAGUUCGAUCCCUGGUCGGGCAGCUAAGAUCCUGCAAGCCUGGGCUGGGGGGAUGGGGGUGGAGAACACAGGAAUCAGGUCAGGUGUUUUCAUUUUGUUCAUUUCCUAGAAACAAUCUGCCAAAUACCCCACCUGUGGAGUGUGUGCGUCCGUCGUCCCUCUGUAUGGCAACAUCCCUGCACAGCGCCUUUGCAGAGACGGCUGUGAUUUGGUGCACAGCAGAAGUGCUUCAUUGUGCUUCUCACACUUUGUCACGUAGGAUGUGGAGAGGGCAGGUGUGAGGAGGCUUGGUAUUUAAUGGAGUUAACAAUUCAUUGACUGAUGGUUCGGCAUGGAGCUUCGUAAGCGAGUUGGACCAUCGCCUUUGCAUCAUGAGCACAGAUGUCACCCCUGCUAAAAAGGCAGUGCUGCAAGGAAAAAGUUUCAGAAGAGUUGCAGGCAUCCCUAAGGGUCCCUGGACCACAUUUUGUAAACAGCUGUACUAAGCUCUUCAGCCUGUACGAGAAAUCGUAGUUGAGCAAAUCAGGUCGGCCUCCAUGCUUGUCGGUCACUCAGCAUUUCACAGCCUUAGGGGAGGGCGCCCAUGACCUCUCCCCGGUGUGAAAGCUCACGAGUUUGUGUGCAUUUUCAGGGGGCUGCUGAUUCGGUGGACCCUGGGUAGUCAGCACCCUUCCUGUAGUUCUCACAGGAAUGUGAACACUGGUCCCCCCCUUUAAAGUAGGCCUGUGUGUCUGUCUGCGUGCACGUGCUCACAGACUCUGCACACAUCCUCAGCUGUGUGUCGACGCCCUAAGUGCUUCCCUUUCUUUGAUCUCCUCUUUCGUUGCAGAUCAGCAGCAGAAGGCGGUGCCCUGCGGCCGGGCUUCCUGUGUGCCAGCCGCUCUCGGGGGCAUGGACUCUGCUCCCAGGACAGGUUGCUGGGCGAGGUCCAGCCCGCUCCUCCGGCAGUGCAAAGCCCUUCCCUGGGCCUCAUCCAGCUUCCUUGCGUAAUUCUUCCUGCUGAGAAGCUGGCUGCAAAUUGACCGUACAUCUCAUGGUUUAGACCCUGAUUCUCUUGGAUCAUGUGAACCACAUAGCUGACUCCUGGCUCACCGUGGUUUUCUGUUCUGUAGUUCAGCCUGGUCACUUGAUCUAAAAAUUUGUCUUUGUUUCUCCACAUGUUGCAGAUGGUUUACGAUGAUCUGGAUUGCAAUGCCUCGAAAUAUAUCGGGGCACGUUUGCUGGUGUGGAGAACUUUUUAAAGUUACACAGUUGUGUACACUCAACUUUUAUUAGUUUUUUAAAACAUUGCUAUCUCUCAGUUGACUGUGAAGGGACCUUGAGACUGACGUUCUAGCGGUGCUGGGGCUGAGCUGCUUUCAUUGGAAGUGAGGAUGCUGGGCCUUUCCCCAGUAACUCAGUCACUUGCUGGGUGUACCUCUGCAGGCUGUGUGCUGUGAACUUCUGAUGUGCCACCCGGUCCCCUGCGGCCGGCAUUCUCACUCCGCCUGCAGAAGGAAGGCAGAGUCUCGUGUGUCCCCGGGACUCCAGCAGCCCCGGGGCGUGCUCCUCCGUGAGAUGGUGGCAUCACCUGUGAGCACGGAUGCAUUUCAGGACAUUUGAGUCUCGCAGAAAGCUGUCAGGGUCUUUAAAUGGUCUGAAGAGCCAGUAACAAUGAUGUGCUUUAGACGGAAGCCUCUGCCGAGAAACCCGAGACAUGUGCUUUCGUUUCCAGCCAGUUGACGAUGAAGCGGUGGUGGCGUGAAUGAGGGCCCGUGAGGAGGAAGCGAUGCCCAAGGGCGGGUGUUCCAGAGCCCCACAGCAGGAGGCACGCCCCCCGAGCAGCGACAUGGUGGAGAAGCCGCCCGGGAAAAAGGAUAAAGAUAAAGUUUCUCUGACCAAGACCCCGAAGCUGGACCGCAGCGAUGGCGGGAAGGAGGUGAAAGAGCGAGCGACCAAGCGGAAGCUGCCCUUCACUGUGGGCGCCAAUGGAGAGCAGAAGGACUCGGACACAGAGAAGCAGGGUCCCGAGCGGAAGAGGAUCAAGAAGGAGCCGGCCACCCGCAAGGCCGGGCUGCUUUUCGGCAUGGGGCUGUCCGGGAUCCGUGCCGGCUACCCGCUCUCCGAGCGCCAGCAGGUAGCCCUGCUCAUGCAGAUGACGGCCGAGGAGUCUGCCAACAGCCCAGUGGACACGACACCAAAGCACCCCUCCCAGUCGACGGUGUGUCAGAAGGGGACGCCCACCUCUGCCUCGAAAACCAAAGAUAAAGUGAACAAGAGGAACGAGCGCGGGGAGACCCGCCUGCACCGGGCGGCCAUCCGGGGGGACGCCCGGCGCAUCAAGGAGCUCAUCAGCGAGGGAGCGGACGUCAACGUCAAGGACUUCGCGGGCUGGACCGCGCUGCACGAGGCCUGUAACCGGGGCUACUACGAUGUCGCGAAGCAGCUGUUGGCUGCGGGUGCGGAGGUGAACACCAAGGGCCUGGACGACGACACGCCCUUGCAUGACGCUGCCAACAACGGGCACUACAAGGUGGUGAAGCUGCUGCUGCGGUACGGAGGGAACCCCCAGCAGAGCAACAGGAAGGGCGAGACGCCGCUGAAGGUGGCCAGCUCCCCCACCAUGGUGAACCUGCUGCUGGGCAAAGGCACCUACACAUCCAGCGAGGAGAGCUCGGCCGAGAGCUCCGAGGAGGAGGAGGACGCCCCGUCGUUCGCGCCUUCCAGCUCGGUUGACGGCAACAACACGGACUCCGAGCUGGAGAAGGGCCCGCGGCACAAGGCGAGGGACCCAGAGCCGCAGAGGCCCGCGCCCCCCGCCAAGGACGAGUACGAGUUCGACGAGGACGACGAGCAGGACCGGGCGCCCCCGGCGGACGACAGGCACCUGCUGCGGAGGGGCGGCAGGAGGGGCGCGGGGCCAGGCAGCUUCGUCUCCAUGCCCAGGGUGGACGCGAAGGGCUACACCAAAAGCAGCGCAGCCGCGCCGAAGAAGGCGCCUCACCGCAUCCUGUCGGACACGUCGGACGAGGAGGGCGCCGUCGGGGCCGCCGCGGGGCCGGGGGAGAAGCUGCGGCUCUCGGCCCACGGCGUGCUGCCCGGCGGCAAGAUGCGGGAGCCUUCACACCCCAAGCAGCAGAAGGAGAAAAAUAAAGUGAAAAAGAAGCGGAAGAAGGAAAUAAAGGGGAAAGAAGUGCGGUUCGGGAAGAGGGGCGACACGUUCUGCUCCUCUGAGUCCGAGAGUGAGUCCUCGGAGAGCGGGGAGGACGGUGGGGACUCGGCGGGGAGCCCCGGCUGCCUCAAGGAUUCCCCGCUGGUGCUGAAGGACCCCGCCCUGUUCAGCUCCCUGUCCGCGUCCUCCACCUCGUCCCACGGCAGCUCCGCCGCGCAGAAGCAUAACCCCAGCCACACGGACCCGCACGCCAAGCAUUGGCGGACGGACAACUGGAAAACCAUUUCCUCUCCCGCCUGGUCCGAGGUCAGCUCCUUAUCGGACUCCACGAGGACAAGACUGAGCAGCGAGUCUGACGGCUCCUCCGAGGGCUCCAGCGUGGUGUCGCUAAAGCCGGUCAGGAAGAGGCCGGAGCACAGGAAGAGGGCCGGCCUGCAGGGCGCGCUGCCCGACAGGAAGAACUCCUUCCACCCCAGCGGGGACGGCGCCAUCCCCAAGCUGGACAAGGAGGGCAAAGUCGUCAAGAAACACAAGACGAAACAUAAACACAAGAGCAAGGAGAAGGGGCUGUGCGCCGUCAGCCAGGAGCUGAAGCUGAAGAGCUUCGCCUACGAGUAUGAGGGCUCCAAGCAGAGGGCGGACAAGGCCACCCUUCUGGACGACGUCCCCGCCGAGAACAAGCUGAGAGGCCUGAGGCACGAGAGAGACCACUGUAAGAAAGAGGAGAAGCUCGGCAAAAUGAAGUCGGAAGAGAAGGAGUGGCUCUUUAAGGACGAGACGAUCAAGGUCUCCCGAGAGGAGAAGUCACUCAAGAGGAUCAGGGACCUGAACAAGGACGGGGGAAGGGCCUUCCGGGAGGAGAAGGACCGGCCCAGCAAAGCCGAGAAGGAGAAGCUGCUGAAGGAAAAGUCUCCGAAAGAGGAAAAGCUGAGGCUCUACAAGGAGGAAAGAAAGAAGAAGUCCAAAGACAGGCCCUCAAAACUAGAGAAAAAGAAUGACUUUAAGGAGGACAAAAUUUCAAAAGAGAAGGAGAAGACCUUCAAAGAGGAUAAAGAAAAACUUAAAAAAGAGAAGACGUACAGGGAGGAUUCUGCCUUUGAGGACUACUGUAGCAGAAGUCAGUUUCUGGAGAACGAAGACUCCAAGUUCAGUCUCUCUGACGAUCAGCAGGACGGGUGGUUUUCCGACCUGUCGGAUUCGUCCUUCGAUUUCAAAGGGGAGGACAGCUGGGACUCCCCCGCGGCAGACUACAGGGACGUGAAGAAUGACGCCGUGGCCAGGCUGAUCCUGGAGACGGUGAAAGAGGACAGCAAGGAGAAGAGGCGGGAGGUCAAGGCCCGGGAGAAGCGGGGCGACAAGGACAUCUUCUCUCGGAAGAAGGACAGGGACUGCCUGGAGCGGGCCUCGGAGCGGAGGAGAGAGCACGCCGACAGGCACCGGGCCGUGCCCGGCUACCUCUGCGAGAAGGACAAGAGGCGGCGAGAGUCUGUGGAGGGGGGCCGGGACAGGAAGGAGCCCCCCGAGGCCGCCAAGGAGCGGAGAGACGGCCGUGCGAAGCCCGAGGAGGCGCACAGGGAGGAGCUGAAGGAGCACGGCUGCGAGGGCGCCUUCAGGGACAGGCCUGACUGCGACUUCGGGAAGAGCCUGGAGCCCUGGGAGAGGCACCACCUGGCGAGAGAGAAGAAGGACGGCCUCGAGAAGGAGAAGAAGGAGAAGCUAAAGCUAGAGAAGUAUAAAGAGAAGUCCAGCGACAAGGACAAAAACGAAAGACUGAUCCUUGAAAAAUGUCAGAAGGACAAAGAAUUCGAUAAGUGUUUUAAAGAGAAAAAGGAGUCCAAGGAAAAGCAUAAAGAUGUGCACAGCAAAGACAAGGAGAGGAAAGCGCCCCUGGACCUAGGCAAGGACAGACGGGAGAAGACUCUCCCUGGGAUUCUCUCGGAGGACUUCUCCGAAAAAAGAGAUGAGCGGAAGGGCAAAGAAAAGAGCUGGUAUAUCGCAGACAUAUUCACAGAUGAAAGCGAAGAUGAAAAGGACGACGGCGCGGCGAGCGGAUUCAAAGUCGGGGAGGCCGGCGAGGGGCGGGGCGACGGUCCCCCCGAGAGGGAGGACGGGCGGGAGCCGCCCCCCACCGACAGGCACCGGAAGCACUCAGCUGACAGGCAGCACGCGGAGAAGCAGAAGGACAAAGAAACCAGGGAGAAGAGGAAGGAGAAGGGUGCCACGGACGGGGGGAAGGACAAGAAGGAAAGAACCCUGGAAAAGCACAAAGAGAAGAAGGACAGAGAGUCCGCGGAGAAAUACAAGGACAGGAAGGACCGCGCGUCUGUGGACUCCACUCAGGAGAAGAGGAGCAAGCAGAAGCUGCCUGAGAAGGGCGAGAGGAGGCCCCCCGCGGAGGACAAGGCCAAGAGCAGGCACCGCGAGCGGAAGCCGAGCAAGGGCGCCGACGCGGAGAAGAGCCUGCUGGAGAGGCUGGAGGAGGAGGCGCUGCAGGACUCCCGCGAGGACUCCAACGACAGGGCCAGCGAGGCGUCCUCCGACGGCUUCCCCGAGCGCGCCCAGGACCCAGGCCUCAGCGCCCUCCUGGAGGUGGCCUUCCCGGAGCCCCCGGAGGAGCGGGCGCGGGAGAGGGAGCGGCACCGGCACGCCUCGUCCUCCUCGAAGAAGAGCCACGACCGAGAGCGGGUCAGGAAGGACAAGCCCGAGAAGAAAGAGAAGGGCGAAGACCACAAGGACGCGGGCGGCCGGAAGGAUGCUGGCCCGUACGAGGAGGAGCUCCCGGACACCGAGGCUCACGGCCUGUCCUACGGCACCAAGGCCGACGUGGAGGACGCGUCAGAUAAGACUGCGGAGUUGUUCUCUGCCGAAAAGAAGGAGAAGAGUGAUCCUGAGAGAGAGCCUCCCAAGAAGACAGAGAAGGAACUGAGGCCUUACGGCUCCAGCGCCAUCUGCCUCCUGAAGGAGAAGCGGCGGCGGGAGAAGCACCGGGCGCGGUGGCGGGACGAGAAGGAGCGGCACCGGGACCGGCACGGGGACGGGCCCCCGAGGCACCACCGGGAGGAGCCCAGGCCCGCGGCCAGGGACAGGGACAAUCCUCCCGGCUCCUCCCGCGACAGGCUCAAGGACGAGGGGGGCAAGCUCGGCGAGGCCAAGCUGAAGGAGAAGGUCAGGGAGAACCCGGAGAAAGAAAAGGGCGAGCCCAUGAAGCUCAGCAACGGGAACGACAAGCUCCUCCCAGGCAGAGACCCGGGCAAGAAAGACGCGCGGCCCCGGGAGAAGCUCCUGGGCGACGGGGACCUGAUGAUGACCAGCUUCGAGCGGAUGCUCUGCCAGAAGGACCUGGAGGUUGAGCAGCGCCACAGGCGGCACAAGGAGAGGAUGAAGCAGAUGGAGAAGCUGCGGCACCGGCCAGGGGACCCCAAGCUCAAGGAGAAGGCGCGGCCGGCCGAGGACGCGCGGAAGAGGAGCCUGGACGGCCCGCCAAGGAGGCCCCUGGGGCCAGACCCCGCCCCAAAGGACAGAAGACUCAAGGGGUCGGCUCCGGCCGUCCCUGCCGCUGAGGACAAGCCCCACCCGGGACCCGCAGUGGACCCCCGGGACUGGCUGGCAGGACCCCACGUGAGAGAGGUCUUGCCGGCUUCCCCCAGGCCCGACCACGGCCGGCCCACCGGGGUCCCCGCCCCCGCCUCGGUGGUGUCCUGCCCCAGCUACGAGGAGGCCAUGCACACGCCCCGGACCCCGUCCUGCAGCGCCGACGACUGCUCUGACCUCAUGUUCGACUGCACGGACCCCCAGCCCGUGUCCGGCACGUCCGCCGGAGCCUGCUCCCCCUCCUCCUUCGACAGGUUUUCCGGGUCUGCGAGCGGGACUUCUGAAACCCCGACCCAGACGCCGACGAGGCCUCUGUGCACGAACCUUUACCGCUCAGUGUCCGUGGACAUCAGGAGGACCCCCGAGGAAGAAUUUGGCCUUGGGGACAAGCUGUUCAGGCAGCAGAGCGUCCCCGCCGCGCCCAGCUAUGGCUCGCCGCGGCAGCACCCGGAGGACAAGGCCCCGGGGCCCCCGGCGCCCACCGAGAAGUUCGCCUGCCUGUCUCCAGGGUAUUACUCCCCAGGCUACGGCAUCCCCUCCCCCAAAGCGGACGCUCUGCACUGCCCGCCUGUGGCUGUGGUCAGCGUCACCCCUUCCCCGGAGGGGGCCUUCUCUGGUUUACAAGCAAAGUCCCCCCCUUCGCACGGAGGUGAGCUUUUGGCCCCGCCCAUGGAGGAGGCCCUCCCCCCUGACCUCGGCAUUCCCCUGGAGGCUACGGAGGACCAGCAGGCCACCGCGGCCAUCAUCCCCCCGGAGCCCAGCUUCCUGGAGCCCCUGGACGAGGGCCCCUUCAGCGCGGUCAUCACAGAGGAGCCGGUGGAGUGGGCGCACCCCGCCACCGCGGCGGAGCAGGGCCUCCCCUCCAGCCUCAUCGGGGGCGCCCCUGAAAACCCCGCCAGCUGGCCCGUGGGGUCGGACCUCCUGCUGAAGUCCCCACAGGGGUUCCCAGAGUCCCCAAAACAUUUCUGCCCCGCCGAGACUCUCCACCCGGAGCCCCCGUACCCAGCAUCCCCUGUCGCGUACCCUCUGUCGGUCCCCGAGCCGGGACUGGCGGUCAAGGCCGAGGCCGGGGAGGCAGCCCUGGCUGCUGUCUCCCUCUCUGCCACAGAAGAGCCAGCCCCGUUCGCCCCUCCCUCCGGUCUGGAGUCCUUCUUCAGUAACUGCAAGUCCCUUCCCGACGCGCCCCCCGACGCGCCCCCCGAGCCUGCGUGCGUGGCGGCUGUGGCUCAGGUGGAGGCGCUGGGUCCCCUGGAGAGUGACUUCCUGGAGGGUGGUCGCACCCUGUCUGCUCUUGGCCAGGUGGAGCCGGUGCCCUGGCCCGGUGCCUUCCCCGCCGCAGAGGAUGACCUCGACCUGGGGCCUUUCUCCCUGCUGGAGCUUCCUCUGCAGGCGAAGGAUGUUUCCGAUGCCGAGGCAGAGCCUGCAGAAGACAGUCCUGUUGUUCCUCCAGAGAACACCCCCGCAGGGGCCCCCGCGCUCCCCAGCGGUGGGGAUGUCACCGUGGCAGCUGCUGACGAACAGCUGGUGCCUCCUGACCAGGCGGCUGCCCAGCUCCCCACCGAGCUGGCGCCCGAGCCCCCAGAGGAGCCAAAGCUGGUGGCGCUGCCUGAGUCUGUGGUGGAGGCGGGGGCCGGGCCGGAGGGGAGGGCCCCCGAGGACUCCGACCCCGGCUCAGGGCCCACGCCAGCCUCCUCAGAGCAGCGUCCCCUGGCGAGCGGGGACGAGGAGGCCGAGGGCCAAGACCCCUCGCCUGCGCCCCACAGCGGCCCCGACGCCCCGGCGGACGGCUUGGCCCCGGUCCACGCGGCGGACGGGGCCGGGCCCCAGGACAGUGCCGGGCUCGAGGGGCCUCCGGGUGGCGUCCAGCCUGAAGCCACCGAACCAGAACCCAAAGUGACGGCCGAAGCCCCGAAGGCGCCCAAAGUGGAGGAGAUCCCCCAGCGCAUGACCAGGACGCGGGCCCAGAUGCUGGCCAACCAGCACAAGCAGAGCUCGCCGCCCGCCGAGAAGGAGCCCGCGCCCGCCCCCAGGGCCAGGGGCCGCGGCUGCGAGGACGACGACCCCCAGGCGCAGCACCCCCGCAAGCGCCGCUUCCAGCGCUCCAGCCAGCAGCUGGCCCAGCAGAUGCACACGCCCACGCGGCAGACGCGGGAGGUGAUCCAGCAGACGCUGGCCGCCAUCGUGGACGCCAUCAAGCUGGACGCCAUCGAGCCCUACCACAGCGACAGGGCCAACCCCUACUUUGAGUACCUGCAGAUCCGCAAGAAGAUCGAGGAGAAGCGCAAGAUCCUCUGCUACAUCAGCCCGCAGGCGCCCCAGUGCUACGCCGAGUACGUCACCUACACCGGCUCCUACCUGCUGGACGGCAAGCCGCUCAGCAAGCUGCACAUCCCCGUGAUCGCACCCCCUCCCUCCCUGGCGGAGCCCCUGAAGGAGCUGUUCAAGCAGCAGGAGGCCGUGCGGGGGAAGCUGCGCCUGCAGCACAGCAUCGAGCGGGAGAAGCUGAUCGUCUCCUGCGAGCAGGAGAUCCUGCGCGUGCACUGCCGGGCAGCGAGGACCAUCGCGAACCAGGCGGUGCCCUUCAGCGCCUGCACCAUGCUGCUGGACUCGGAGGUGUACAACAUGCCGCUGGAGAGCCAGGGCGAUGAGAACAAGUCCGUGCGGGACCGCUUCAACGCCCGCCAGUUCAUCUCCUGGCUGCAGGACGUGGACGACAAGUACGACCGCAUGAAGACGUGUCUCCUGAUGCGGCAGCAGCACGAGGCCGCCGCCCUCAACGCCGUGCAGAGGAUGGAGUGGCAGCUGAAGGUGCAGGAGCUGGACCCCGCCGGGCACAAGUCCCUGUGUGUGAACGAGGUGCCGUCCUUCUACGUGCCCAUGGUCGACGUCAACGACGACUUCGUGCUCCUGCCGGCCUGACGCGCUGGGACGGCCGCCCGCGACACAGGCGAGCCCCCACGUCUGCCGCCGCGUCCGGGCGGUGGGAGGAGACACCCAGACAGAAACCCGCGCUGGGCCCCUGGCACGCGGCUCUCUCACACCAGCUGCUGCAGGAGGACGAGGAGCCGGGGGCGCGGGCGCAGCGGCUGCACAGGCACCUCAGGAGCUGCAGGACGGAGGGUGGUUUUUAAAUUCCUUGUUCCAUUUCUGAUCAAUGAGAGAGAAUAAAAUUAAGGCGUCCACCCCUCACCGAUGGCGGCCUCUGGGUCGGAGGGCGGGGAGAGCACUGGGCCGGCUGCCGUCCUGUCGCCAGGAAGCUGCCCUUGGCGCUGGCCUCAGACGGGGGCUGGGAUGCUGGGCCGGGCGAGGGCCUGGCUGCGCCGCCCGCCCGCCCACCUCACAGGGACACAGAGGCAGGACUCUCAGUUGUGUUUUUAAUGGAGUCAAAUCCACGUGGUUUGUAUAUUUUUUCCUUUAAUCUUGGGCAUUUUGUUUCUCUUUCUGAGAACAUAACUUGAAACACUACAGAGCCAAUAAUCAUAUAAAAAGUGUACCCGUAAACGCUGUACAGUUUUAUACACGUUCACAAUGUACUUUUGCUGCCUUCUAGAUAAUUUAUUUUGCAACACAUUACUGCACAGUUGUAAAUAACUUAUGUACUGUAACAUCACUUCAGUUAUGUGUAAAGAAAUAAAUAAAUUAAUUAAAUGCUCU